AUGUGGGGCCUUUUUAAUCAGGAAACAGUAAGAGGAGGUGGAGGGACCAGAGCCCGUAAUCAAGAGGAGUUGGAGGAGGAAGAAGACGUCGUUAUUCCUUCGCCACAACGAUUACAAGAUGCGCCGCGCUCACCACCACCACGAACGCCGAGAGUGCAACAAACCCCAUUUAUGCAAAUGAAAAUGAGAAGAAAAGUGUCGAUGGAGUUAUUGAAUGAAGAUAUGGAAAUCGCACGUCAAGAAUUAGACAAAGCACAGCCGGACCAGGCCAUUCUCACUCGGAAGCUACAGACUAUUCAACAGUUGACAGAAGAAGCAGAGCACUACGCGGGUCAAGUUCUCGACCACUACGUAUUACAGAAUUUGGAAGAUAAGUAUCGACAAAGCAGAAAGAAGUGGCGAGAGAUCAAUGAGAGUUUAGUAGAGAUGAUUCUGCGGAUCAAGACUGCGAUUUCAACUCCCAGUCGACCGGAAUCGCCCGUCGGAAGUGCAAAUUCGAGUGGAGGUGAAAGAAGAGUGAAGCUGCCCAAAUGCAAUUUACAGAAGUUCGACGGGAAGAUGAGAAGCUGGCUCGGGUGGUGGGCACACUAUGAGUUAAUUCAUAAGGACCAGUCAUUAUCAAUUCCCGACAAAUUCCGAUACCUCGUCGAGUCCAUGGAAAGUGGAACGGAAGCAGCAGAAAUCGUAGGAAGUUUCCCAAAGACCCCUCAAAAUUACCAGAAAGCCGUCGACAUGUUAACACAGAAGUAUGGAAAGAAGGAGAUGCUGGUUGCAAUGUACAUGACAGAUUUGGCCGAGCUACUAUUCAGUAAGGAGAAGAGUUCGAUUUCGAAAUUCUUCAUGGCUCUCCAAACUCAACUGCAGAAUUUGGAGUCACUUGGUGUGAAGUCGGAAGAGUCGUCGCCAUAUCUACUCCCCAUGAUCGUGAAGAGUUUGCCGAAGGAGACGCUCGCCACGUGGUUUCGUUCUCAUUUCUCAAAGGUGGAGGGGUCAACUCUCGUCCCCCCGAAGUCAAAAUUGGAAUGUUUAUUGGAUUUUUUGAGAGAUGAGAUGGAGAGCGAAUGGAAGAUUGAGAUGACGAGCGGGGAGAAAGAGAAGAAGAAAGUUGGGCAACGACAAUCUCCGAAGAAGUCAGGCCACGAAGAAGAGAUCGCAACUGCAGCAGGGCUCGUGUCAAUUACAAGUCAGAGGUCGAGUCAAUGUAUAUUUUGUGGAAAGAGUCACGCCAGCAAUUUAUGUUAUGCGGCUCAGAAGAUGAGUUAUAAGGAAAAGGAGGGAAGAAUACGUGAGAAGAGAGGGUGCUUCACAUGCUUCAGAUUUGGACAUCGAGCGGCCGCGUGCAAAGCAAAGAUAGAAUGCGGAAUUUGUAGAAGACGUCAUCAUAGUAUCAUGUGCUAUGAGCAUCCUUCAAACAGAAAUAUGGAAGUAAAUAGAGCAAUGAAGGAUGAGAAAAGUCAGGAAGGAUUUGGAGGACUACAAACUGAGACAUCAAGCGCCAUGGCGAGUCAAGAGUGUUCGGGUGCAGUACUCUCAAGAACUUUGUUAGUCAGAUUAUAA